AUGACAUCAAAGAUUCAACCUUGCGAUGCUGGGAUAAUAAGAGCUUUCAAGAUGCAUUACCGUAGAAGGUUUUACCGCAAAAUAUUGGAAGGUUAUGAGGUGGGACAAUCUGAUCCAGGGAAGAUAAAUGUCCUUGAUGCUAUCAAUUUGGCAAUCCCAACUUGGACGAUAGAUGUUCGAAAAGAAACAAUAGCGAAUUGCUUCCGACACUGUAAAAUUCGUUCAGCUAGUGACGUUGUAGGAAAUUUGGAUGAAUCCACUUUUGAUGAAGAAACUCAAGACCUCCAGACUAUGAUCAAUCAAUGUGGCUAUCGUAAUAAGAUGGAUAUCGACAAUCUAAUGAACUACCCAGGUGAAAAUGAAGCAUGUUCGGAGGUUCAGAGUUUAGAAGAUAUUGUGUGUACUAUCAUUGAGAACAAUGCAGAGGAUGACGAACGAAGAUGA